AUGAGUUCACCACUCCGUCCCAGCAAUUCUGCUGCAAACCGCGGCCUAGGGAACCUGGGUCGUCGUAAGAGAUCCAGAGAGCCCGAUGAUGAGACCUCAUCGGUUGUUCCCCCCUCGAGUCCCCCCCCUUCUUCCCCUCCCAUGCUUCCUUUCGACGACGAUGACAACGAGCGCGAUGAGGAAGCAGAGCUCCUGGGUGACAUUGAUGAUAUCGACGAGAUGGCUGAAGACGAGGACGGAAUCGAUCUGUUUGGAGACAACUUCGAGAAAGAUUACCGAAGCACAGCAGACGACCAGUACAGAGGAGAAUACAUCGACGAUGACGGCGACCAUGAAGAACUUGAUGUCGCUACUCGUCGUCAACUCGAAGCUCGCAUGAACAAGAGAGAUCGAGAACUCGAACGUCGCCGUCGCAUGCCUGCGGCUUUCCUGCAGGACGACGAAGAUGGUGACAUAGAUCUCACUCGUCAACCCCGUCGCCGGAGACACCACUACGAUGAAGAUCGGGACGACGUCGAGAUGGGCGACGAUGCCAUGGAAGAGCUCUCCCUGGAGGAGUUGACUGAUGUCAAGGCUUCUAACCUUACGGACUGGGUCCUGCAGCCCCAAGUCCUUCGCUCCAUCUACAGAGAAUUCAAGUCCUUCUUGACAGAGUAUACCGACCCUGCCGGUGCUUCGGUCUACGGAAACAAGAUCAAGACCCUUGGUGAGGUCAACUCGGCAUCCCUUGAAGUUUCCUACGCCCAUCUACUAGAAACCAAAGCGGCUCUUGCAUACUUCCUUGCCAACGAGCCCACUGAGGUGCUGAAGGUCUUCGACCAAGUCGCGCUUGAUGUCACUCUCUUCCACUACCCCCAAUAUCACGAUAUCCAUAACGAAAUUCAUGUCCGCAUUACCGAUCUCCCUGUCUCCUAUACCCUCCGUCAACUGCGCCAGUCCCAUCUCAACUGCCUUAUCCGCGUCAGCGGUGUCGUUACUCGCCGUACCGGUGUCUUCCCGCAACUGAAAUAUGUCAUGUUCGUUUGUGGAAAGUGUAACAUCACUCUUGGUCCCUUCCAACAGGAAGCCAGUGCGGAAGUCAAGAUCUCGUACUGCCAGAACUGCCAGUCCAAGGGACCCUUCUCUGUGCACUCCGAGAAGACCGUUUACCGCAACUACCAGAAAAUGACCCUCCAAGAAUCUCCGGGCUCCGUCCCCGCUGGUCGUCUCCCCCGCCAGCGCGAGGUCGUCCUCCUCGCAGAUCUCAUCGAUUCGGCUAAGCCAGGUGAUGAAAUCGAGGUGACGGGUAUCUACCGGAACAGCUACGAUGCGCAGCUCAACAACAAGAAUGGCUUCCCUGUGUUCGCCACGAUCAUUGAGGCCAAUCACGUUGUCAAGUCCCACGACCAGCUGGCUGGUUUCCACUUGACCGAAGAAGAUGAGCGGGAGAUCCGUGCCCUAUCCAGGGACCCUGAGAUUGUCGACAAGAUCGUUCGCUCCGUUGCCCCUAGUAUCUACGGUCACCUGGACGUUAAGACCGCAAUCGCCCUCUCCCUCUUCGGUGGUGUCAGCAAGGAAGCCCAAGGCAAGAUGUCCAUUCGUGGAGAUAUUAACGUCCUCCUUCUGGGUGACCCCGGUACCGCAAAGUCCCAGUUCCUCAAGUACACCGAAAAGACUGCCCACAGAGCCGUUUUCGCUACCGGUCAGGGUGCCAGUGCUGUCGGUUUGACAGCCAGCGUCCGUCGCGAUCCCCUCACCAGCGAAUGGACCCUCGAAGGAGGAGCGCUUGUCCUUGCAGACCGCGGUACCUGCUUGAUCGAUGAGUUCGACAAGAUGAACGACCAGGACCGUACCUCCAUCCACGAAGCCAUGGAACAACAGACCAUCUCCAUCUCCAAGGCCGGUAUCGUGACCACCCUGCAGGCCCGCUGUGCCGUCGUUGCUGCGGCCAACCCCAUUGGCGGCCGCUACAACAGCAGCGCACCCUUCUCCGAGAACGUCCAACUCACCGAACCCAUUCUUUCGCGUUUCGACAUUCUCUGCGUCGUCCGCGAUCUUGUCGACCCAAGCGAGGAUGAACGUCUCGCCAACUUUGUCAUCGAAUCCCACCACCGCGCCAACCCCGCCCGUCCUCUCCGCGACCAAGACGGCAACCUGAUCAACGCAGAUGGACACCCCAUCGACGAAGACGGCUACCGCAUCGACAAGAAGACCAAGCAACGUCUGCCCCUGACGGACGAGGAACUCGCUACUCGGGAUGCCGAGAAGCAACGACGCGAGGAUGAGAAGGACGGCGAAAUCCCUCAAGAACUCCUCCGCAAAUACAUCCUCUACGCCCGUGAACGCUGCCACCCCAAGCUCUACCAGAUCGACCAAGACAAGAUCGCCCGUCUAUUCGCCGACAUGAGACGCGAAUCUCUGGCCACCGGCGCUUACCCCAUCACCGUCCGUCACCUCGAAGCCAUCAUGCGUAUCGCCGAAUCCUUCUGCAAGAUGCGUCUCUCGGAAUACUGUUCAGCACAGGACAUCGACCGUGCCAUCGCCGUCACCGUUGAUUCCUUCAUCGGUAGCCAGAAAAUCAGCUGCAAGAAAGCUCUGUCCAGGGCGUUUGCCAAAUACACACUCUCUCGCCCCAAGCCUCAAUCCAAGCGGAGAGCAGGCAUCCCCGCCCCUGAUCCGUUCAAGCCGCGCAUGCAGUCUUCGACUAGGGCGCGGUAA